ACACAUAUUAGAGUUAGAGAAACAUGGUGAAGUGGAUUUUUAUAAAUCUCACCGAAGAACAAUCCACAUUGCCCGCAUCUCCUGAGAUAUUUCUUCACCCAAACAUGCUUUUUAUGUUUUUUUCUCCCUGCGUAAAAAUCUCAAAUUUGACCCCCGGCUCCAUUGUUUACAUGAGGUCAUGUGAGGUGGAGCGUUCCUCCAAUGGCCAUGAUAAUCUGGAUAAAAUCCUGUAGUCUGUAGUCAGCUCACCCCCAUUUACAAGUGGGCUGGCAGGAAUAUGCGUCUCACUGUGAGGUGCAUGUGUGAACAACCAGGUCUGGAGGAUUUUUUUUCAGGAGCAGUCCUCGUCCUCCUGAGUCUUUAGAUAUAUUUAGGAGUGCAGAUGUGAAAGGUCUUCAUUAGUCUGUUUCGUUCACACAUGCAGCUCAACCCGAUAAUCACAGGAUGUUUAGUGCAGGAGUGAAAGCAGCAUCAGUGUCUCAAACACAGAUUAGUACCUUCUUUGAGUCCUGAAACCAGCAGAGGAGUCACAUGUUCAGCUGUCACAUGAAGCUGGUAUGUUUGCUGUCCACAUACUUCAGCCCGCCUUAGUUUGUGACGCUUGUGUAGCAGCGCUGAAGCUUUCUUUGCUCUGAACAAAUACAAGUGUUUUUAAUAGCUGCUUGGACAGUAUUUAUAUCCUGCUGCAGUAAAUCAAACAGGAACCAAACCUCCUACACGGUGCCUCUGUCACACACACAAAGGCAGCUCUGCUCACACACACACACAUGCGGUUCAUGCUGCUAUUCAGCCGGCAGGGGAAGCUUCGGCUGCAGAAAUGGUACACGGCGACCGCCGAGCGCGACAAGAAGAAGAUGGUCCGAGAGCUGAUGCAGAUUGUGCUCGCUCGCAAACCAAAGAUGUGCAGCUUCCUGGAGUGGAGGGACCUGAAGAUCGUCUACAAACGGUACGCCAGUUUGUAUUUCUGUUGUGCGAUCGAGGAGCAGGACAACGAGCUGAUCACUCUGGAGGUCAUCCACCGAUUUGUGGAGCUGCUGGAUAAAUACUUUGGCAGCGUAUGCGAGCUGGAUAUCAUCUUUAACUUUGAGAAGGCCUACUUCAUCCUGGACGAGUUCCUGAUGGGAGGGGAGAUCCAGGACACGUCCAAGAAGAGCGUCCUCAAAGCCAUCGAACAAGCCGACCUGCUGCAGGAGGAGGACGAGUCUCCACGCAGCGUGCUGGAGGAGAUGGGUUUGGCGUAGCUCCAAGCAGCAGGUUUCUGACAGACUGUGGACACUGUGGGGCGGGGCCAGAGGAGAGAGAGGGCGGGGCCAGAUCUGUACUGAGGACUGAAGGGAAAGAGACUCAGUUAAGAACAGAAGAUCCUUGACCUGACACGCCCUUUAGCUCUGUCUGUGUGUGUCUGGGGGGGGGGGGGAUCAGGAUGUGUGCGUGUGUCGGGGUUUGUGUGUUUUUAAAGGGUGAGUCUGGCGUUGCUGCUCAGACAGUUCAGAGGAGAAUAACGAGGUUGAGUCAGGUCUGCGCUGUGAUUGGUUUAAAAACUGUCUGAUGUCAUCCUGUAUUUAUUUCUAUUUCCUGCGGGUUGAAUGAAGUGACGCAAAGCGAUCGUGUGAGUGCGUCUCUCAGCUGAUUUGUCAGAAAUAAAUAGAGGCGCUCGUUAAUACUUCACCUGUUGGGACUGCUUUCAGCAGCGGAUGAAUCCGACGCACUUGAUGCUUAGUCUACAGUUUUAUAGAUGUUUGUAAGUUUGAACAUAUUUAAGAAUAAAGUAAAUAUAUAGAAAAUCGGAA